AGAAUCCAGGAGGGAGGAGAGAAAUAUGAGUGCGCAGAAUGUGGAAGAUCCUUCAAAAGAAAUAGAAAUCUUGAAAGGCAUCUAACAAUCCACACAGGAGAAGAACCGCAUAAAUGCCUGGAGUGUGGAAAGAGCUUCAGUCAGAGCAGCAACCUUUAUAGACAUCGAAGGAUCCACACAGGAGAAAAACCGUAUAAAUGCCCAGAAUGCGGAAAGGGCUUCAGUCAGAGGAGCCACCUUUAUUGUGGAAAGAGCUUUAGUGAUAGGAGCACUUUUUAUGUUCAUCAAAGGAUCCACUCAGGAGAGAAACCAUUUAAAUGCCUGGAGUGUGGAAAGAGUUUCACUAGUAGAGGAACUUUAGAUGGACAUCAAAGGAUCCACACUGGAGAAAAACCAUUUAAAUGCCUGGAGUGUGGAAAGAGCUUUACUGAGGGUGGACAUCUUCGUAGACAUCAAAGGAUCCACACUGGAGAAAAACCAUUUAAAUGCCCAGAGUGUGGAAAGAGCUUCAGUCAGAGGAGCAGCCUUUAUAAACAUCAAAGAAUCCAUUUGGGAGAAAAACCGUAUGAAUGCCUGGAAUGCGGAAAGAGCUUUACUAAUGGUGGAAACCUCCGUAAUCAUCAAAUGAUCCACACUGGAGAGAAACCUUAUGAAUGCUUUGAGUGUGGAAAGAGCUUUAGUAAUAGGAGCACCUUUAAUGUUCAUCAAAGAAUCCACUCAGGAGAGAAACCAUUUAAAUGCCUGGAGUGUGGAAAGCGCUUCAGUUGGAAGGGAAACCUUUAUGUACAUCAAAGAAUCCAUUCAGGAGAAAAACCGCAUAAAUGCCUGGAGUGUGGAAAAAGUUUCACUAGUAGAGGAAGUUUAGAUGGACAUCAAAGAAUCCACACUGGAGAGAAACCAUAUGAAUGCCUGGAGUGUGGAAAGAGCUUUACUGUGGGUGGACAUCUUCAUAGACAUAAAAUGAUUCACACAGGAGAAAAACCGUUUAAAUGCCCAGAGUGCGGAAAAAGCUUCAGUCAGAGGAGCAGAGAAAAACCGUAUGAAUGCCUGGAAUGCGGAAAGAGCUUUACUAAUGGUGGAAACCUCCAGAAACAGCAUAAAUGCCUGGAAUGUGGAAAGAGGUUUAUUGAUGGUGGAAACAUUUGUAAACAUCAAAGGAUUCAUUCAGGGGAAAAAACAUAUAAAAGUCUACAUAGUGAACAGAGCUCCAGAUCCAUUCGGGAGAAAUCAUAUAAAUGCCUCCUGUGUGGAAAGAGCUUUACUGAAAGUGGAAGUCUCCAUAAACAUCAAAGAAUUCACACAGGAGAAAAACCAUAUGUCUGGAGUUUGGAAGGUGUGAACACUUACCCUUUAUUGCCAUCUCAUCCUUUGUGUGUCAACAUGAGUUGUGGAAAAAGUUUCAGUCAGAGGAGCAGUCUUUAUGUACAUCAACGGAUCCACACAGGAGAGAAACCACAUAGGAGCAACCUUUAUGUACAUCAAAGGAUCCACACAGGAGAAAAACUGCAUAACUGCCUGGGGUGUGGAAAGAGCUUCAGUGAGAGGGGACAUCUUUAUGAGAAACUCUAUGAAUGCCUGGAAUGUGGAAGGAGCUUCAACAGGGCAGGAACUCUUUAUAAUCAAACCAUUCACACAGGAGAAAAACCAUAUGUCUGGAGUUUGGAAG